CCCCACCUUCCAUGGGCAAAUCUCAGUGAAUGGAGACUGGUUGAGUGGUUAGUGGGUCAGCAGCUCUCACAGAGAGCCAUUGAUAACUUCAUUGUUGGGUAUGUGACUGACUUUGGGUCUGCAAAGGAAAUGUACAACAAAUUUUCAUCAAUGGAUGGGGCCCCAGCUUGGCAUGCAAAAGAGGUCAUCCUCUCUGAUGCCCCCACUGAGCCCCAGAUCCUGUUUUAUUGGGAUGUGCUUGAGUGCUCUGAUCACAUACAAAAUAAUCCUAGCUUUUCAAAUGCAUGGGAUUAUGAGCCACAGCGCAUCACAUAUUCUGACACAGACAUCCGUGUCUUCCAUGAGCCUUGUACAGGAAAUUUAUGGUAG